ACCACCAGACGGCGGAGAGUGAUAUCAGCAUAGCCAACUUCGCGCGUCGCCGUCACUACAAACCGUCCAUUAGCCACCGGACAUUCAAGGGAGAAACACUGAGCCACGCACUCACCCUGCUAAAAAUACAUCAACAAUUAAGAAAAGUGCCUCCAUUGGACCAAAAGAAUUUAAAUAAUAUGACACAUCUGACGAAAAAUUUCGCACGUCCGGAAAAGAAUGAGGAGGUUGUCUCCUUCGGUAGUCUGGAUCCGUCGGUUCAAGAACUUCUGACAGCUGCUUUCCAAGUGCGUCAGCGGGCAUACGUUCCAUAUAGUGGCUUCAAAGUGGGGGCGGCUUUUCGGGCCAAGGCCGGUGGACAGAUCUUCACUGGCUGUAAUGUGGAAAACGCUGCCUUUACGCCGUGCUCUUGUGCCGAGAGAACGGCCAUUGCCAAAGCCGUAAGCGAGGGAGCCACCGAAUUUUCCGCAGGGGCUGUUUUGGCCUACGAACCUGAUGUAUUCACCACUCCUUGCGGCGUUUGUCGUCAGUUUAUCCGCGAGUUUGCCAACGGGGAUAUACCCAUCUACGUGGCCCAGGCUUUCGAUGCGAGGAUUUCUGAAAAUAAGGAUGUCUUGCAGAGUGAAGAUCCCGUCCUGUGCACCUCAAUAUUUAAUCUAUUGCCGAGCAGCUUUCACACCUAUCGAAAGUAAUGUCCACUGCAGGCAAGAAACGAAAAGACACAGAAGGGAGAUAGUUCAAGGUUGUCCGGCAAAUAGUCUUAUCAGUCUAAUCUAAUCAAUUGCAAUAAAGAAAAUUACACUAUUUAA